AAAUACCAAAUAAUUGAGCUGUAUCUGUGAAGCCAUUUUAGGUUUACUCCGUAUUAGUUUGGCGGUAUUAAGUUUAAAGGCGGAUUUUGAGCAGAUGGAAGACUUUCAGAAAAUAGAAAAAAUUGGCGAGGGCACUUACGGUGUUGUCUAUAAAGGCCGGAAUAGGCUUACUGGUCAAAUAGUUGCUAUGAAAAAGAUUCGUUUGGAGUCGGACGAUGAAGGCAUUCCUUCCACUGCUAUAAGAGAAAUUUCCCUUUUGAAGGAACUAAAACACCCUAAUAUUGUCUGCCUUGAGGAUGUUCUGAUGGAAGAAAAUCGACUAUAUUUAAUUUUUGAAUUUUUAUCUAUGGACUUGAAAAAAUAUAUGGAUUCUUUACCUCCUGAAAAACCAUUAGACAGCGAUCUGGUACGAAGCUACCUGUAUCAAAUAACGAGUGCAAUACUCUUUUGCCACCGAAGAAGAGUAUUGCAUCGCGAUUUAAAACCACAAAAUUUGCUAAUUGAUAAAAACGGAAUAAUUAAAGUGGCCGAUUUUGGGCUUGGACGAUCUUUUGGAAUACCAGUCCGUAUAUAUACGCAUGAAAUUGUAACACUAUGGUAUCGUGCACCUGAAGUUCUGCUAGGGUCUCCGCGGUAUUCGUGUCCCGUAGACAUAUGGUCAAUUGGAUGCAUAUUUGCGGAAAUGGCAACCAGAAAACCACUUUUCCAAGGAGAUUCGGAAAUCGAUCAACUAUUUAGAAUGUUCAGAAUAUUGAAGACCCCAACUGAGGAAAUAUGGCCUGGCGUAACAUCACUUCCUGACUAUAAGAAUACAUUUCCUUGUUGGUCAACCAAUCAAUUGCCCAAUCAACUGAAAAAUUUGAACAACGACGGUAUUGAUUUAAUUCAAAAAAUGCUCAUUUAUGACCCUGUUCAUCGUAUAUCUGCAAAGGAUAUACUUGAACAUUCAUACUUUGAUGGUUUCGAUACGAAAUUAAUAAAUUGUCAAUAAAUAAAUAAUAGUAAGAUAUAAGCAAGUAAUAAAAACAAUAUAAUAUACCA